CAACAUUCAACCUCCAAAUCUCUCUACUUUUCUAGCUCUAACGUGUGCAUCGACGUGGCGUACCACAGGUAUCUAGUAGACGUCUCCGUUGUUCGUACCUCGGCCACAGCGAGUCUACGACAUUACAGGAUCACGCGAUCGAAGAGAUCUUGAGGAUUGCACCCAAAGAUCUAUCGAGACAUUCUCCACUCGUAAGAGAGAUGAAGACAAGGGCUUGAUUCGGGGUCGAACUCAGAUGAAAUUUGGUCACUACCCAAUUAUGUCUCCAUCCAAGUCGCAGGCAAGUCCCACGGCAACUCCAAUAUGGAUGAUGAAGUCUAAAGCUACGCCUGCUCAAGGGUCGUUUGACUCUGCGGGCGCAGGCGUCACCGGAGGCUACACCGGCGAUUCACUAGAUCUGAAAAUAAUCAUUGCAUUUCUCAUUGGACUCGCGCUUUAUAACGCGGUCGAGCUUAUCGUGCUGAUUUUAGUCACCUUCAACAAUUAUCGCGGGCUCUACUUCUGGUCAUUAAUCUUCUCUGCCAUUGGUAUUUUGCCAUACGCAUUAGGGUUCCUUAUAAAGUUCUUUCAACUACUCGAUCCUAACAAGAGUGUCGGCUAUGUGGCUGUGGUGAUGAUUGUGGUGGGAUGGUAUAUGAUGGUGACCGGUCAAUCUGUCGUUCUAUGGUCUCGGCUGCACCUUAUCACUAACUCGCACCGGGUGAUUCGAUACUGUCUCUACAUGAUAUGUAUCGACGUAGUCAUAUUAGGUUUCCCAACCAGUGUGCUCACCUUCGGAUCCAAUUCGAACUCCCUAAGCACUGAAGCCUUAAGUCAUUUCGUCAAAGGGUACAAUGUCAUGGAGAAGAUACAAAUGGUCGGUUUCUUCCUGCAAGAACUGGUACUCUCCCUUAUCUACAUCAAAGAGACGUUGCGCAUCCUCAAGCUAUCGAAAAACACCCAAGGCGACCUCAUGAGCAUUGCAGACGACUCAGAAUUCAUGCACCCCUUCGCACGGAAGAUCAUGUACCAGCUCCUUGCCAUCAAUACGAUCAUAAUCACCAUGGACGUCGCUCUUCUCGCUGUCGAGUUUGCGAACCUCUAUCUCAUAGAGACUACCCUUAAAGGUGUUGUCUACUCUGUAAAGCUCAAGUUGGAAUUCGCCGUCCUCGGCAAACUCGUGCAAAUUGUACGCAGCAAGUCUAACAGCAGUAAGCACCAAGGCUCGGUGGAUGGUCGAACUAUAGCUACCAGCAUGGAACAUCAUUACAUCCAAACGGCGAGGUGUGGAAGUGGCAAUGUAUUUACUAGGGGAACAUGGAGAGGUGACACCAUAGUGCGAAUGCAGUCGUUCCCAGAUUUUGUGGAUCCCGCUCGGGUGAGCUGCGAUCUCACCCACGCACCGACCAGCAUGCCCCCUAACAGGACGCCAGGUGGGCCGAGCGUUUCUGAAAAUGAGGAAGAACUUGGUUGGGAAGUUGGAGGGCAGCACAGAAAGAGACGGUAUAGAGCAGAGCGAACUAGCUGGAUCGAUGAGGAGAUGGACAAGCAUAACAUCGGUUGAUUUACUUGUAACAAACAGCUGGCUCUAUAAUUAAGG